AUGAGAGCAAUAAUUUUUACUUCAUUCCUUAUCUCACUAUUUUUUAAGAAUGUUGUGUAUGGAUACAAUUGUACAAAAGAAUUGUACAAUAUAAAUCUUAAGGAUUUGUCAGUUUCUACUAUGGUUACAACGCAUACAAGUGCACGUAAAGUUUUAGGUAAUUGGGUUUAUUUCUUUUUUAGCCAUUUUUCUAACCCAAAUGACGCUAUAAAAUAUAUAGAAGACACCAAUAUUCAUGUUUUAGAUAAUAAAGAUCAAUCAUGCUUUGUAAGAGCUUUUACUAUAUUUUUAAUUCAUAGUUAUGCUAAUGAUAUAAAAGCCAUGUCAAAUACGGAAAAUUAUGAAACCUUUUUCAAAAAUUUAUUAAAAGACGUUAAUGAAGACUUUAGAAAUGAUUUUCUUUCUAUUUUUACAAGUCAAACACUUUUGAGUUAUAUUGAUGGGAUAUUACCAAGUGAGCAAGAUAUUCUGAAUUUGAAAAAUGAUGCCUAUGUUAUUAAAAAUUUUAUUUCUAAAUCGAACAGAAAAACACACGCUACUUAUCAUAGCAGCCCUCUUCCACUUUUCACAUCAUAUGGUUCAAGAUUGUUUAGAAGUAAUUAUUUACCAAAAGAAGAUCUAUCUAUUAGUAUGAAUGAGAUACUUAUUGCACGUGAUUUCAACUUUUUAUCUUUUAUUGGUGUUUCUGACAUGUAUUACAAUUCUGAUAUAACCCUUCCUGCAAGAGGUACUUCGGCAGUUAUUGAUCAUAGAAAAAAAUUAGGAUUUAGGAAACGUAGUAGUUCUCUCCUUUUAUAUGGACCCCACAAUAAUAACCCUGCUUUUUCAUAUUGUGAAAAAGAUGGAAAAGAAGAAUAUUUUGGAUCUGUAGAUGAUUUAUUACCUUCCUUUUUUUCAAUUAUAAAAACGAAAAUGGUUUAUGGGCACAGGAAAUUUUUAAGAGAGUUUGAUUAUUCCUUAAUCCACAAAAGCUACAGUGUACCUAACUUAAAAGGUUUAAGAUUUAUUAAAAAUCUUUUCAAGAAAAAAAACUUAGAAAAUUUUGUAGGCAUGUAUAGUGAUCUUAUGUCUACAGAAUUAGAUUUCUUAACUGAGGAUUUCGCAGAGUUGUUUGACAUUACUAUGAAUUGUCACGCGCGUGAGUUUUUCGGUCGUGCGGGAAAUAACUACUACGCUCUUAAAGGAAGAAACAUAGAAUCGUAA